CAUUUUGUUAAGCACAGCAGAAAAAUCUACGUAAUCUGAAGCCGCCAUUAGUGCCAGUCUGUCACGAGGUGUCUUCUCCCGCUAGCAUUCAUUUACAGCGCAAGAAUUUGUUCUUUCCCUUGAUUGAUUAAUCCAAUCCCAGUUCAUUCUAUUCAAUUCCGAUCAUUUCACUGUUUGUUCGCUCGACAUCUCAUUACCAAUUUUGCGAACAAUUACCGGUUCUCCUCGUCGAUUACAUCGAUUAUUCUCGACUGAAUUGGAUGCUUUUAUAGUAAUUUUAUGAACCAGCCUCUGAUCACUGUGUGCAAUGCCAGUUUCUGCUGUGGGAACCUAUACCCACUUCUGUUAGGGAUUAGGGUUCUUACAUUUUUAAAAGGGAUUCGGAGAAAAUAGUUGGAUUGGUGUAUUGCAAUAAAAGGUUUUCCAAAUCAGCAGCCGGAUUGGGGAAGUACUGAAUUCAAGCAUUAAGGAUUUCUCUUGGAGAAGAGCGUCAUUUGAGUGACUGACGUUUAGUGUCUGCAUAGAGGAUGGGGCCAAUAUACUACAUACUGAUAGCAUUGCCUUGUACAAUUGGCGCAAUGGCAUUGGCAGUUCUCCACAUUUACAAGCAUCUUUUGAAUUAUACUGAGCCCACAUAUCAGAGAUACAUUGUCCGAAUCAUCUUCAUGGUUCCUGUUUAUGCAUUGAUGUCUUUCUUAUCUCUGGUCCUAAACAAAAGCACAAUUUACUUCAAUUCUAUAAGAGAAAUGUACGAAGCAUGGGUCAUCUAUAAUUUUUUGUCACUGUGCCUAGCAUGGGUUGGUGGUCCAGGAGCUGUUGUCGUAAGUCUGUCUGGCAAAGUUCUGCAGCCAAAUUGGUGCCUAAUGACGUGUUGCUUUCCUCCAAUUCCUUUGGAUGGGCGUUUUAUACGUAGGUGCAAACAAGGAUGUCUGCAGUUUGUGAUCUUGAAGCCCAUUUUAGUCAUUGUUACCUUAAUGCUUUACGCGAAAGGGAAAUAUGAAGAUGGAAACUUCAAUCCACUACAAUCAUAUCUCUACCUCACCAUUAUCUAUACCAUCUCAUACUCGAUGGCACUUUAUGCGUUGGCCUUGUUUUAUGUAGCUUGCAGAGAGUUACUUCAGCCAUUCAAUCCUGUUCCCAAGUUCAUUAUAAUCAAAUCUGUAGUAUUUCUUACAUACUGGCAGGGUGUUCUGGUUUUUCUUGCUGCCAAGUUUGAACUAAUUAAGGAUACUACAGAAGCUGCAGAAUUUCAAAAUUUUAUAAUCUGUGUGGAGAUGCUUAUUGCAGCCAUUGGGCAUCUAUAUGCCUUCCCUUACCAAGAGUAUUCUGGUGCAAAUAUCGGCACAAACUUCGGCUUUACUGCAAGCCUUGCCCAUGCUUUGAAAUUGAAUGACUUUUACCAUGAUACUGUACACCAGUUUGCACCUACCUAUCAUGAUUAUGUGCUGUACAAUCCUAGUGAGAGUGAAGAUGGAGCAAGAAAGUACAGGGCACGGACGUUUGUCCCAACUGGUCUUGAAAUGGAUACAGUUAGAAGAAACAAAAACAUGUAUGGGAACAAGCUGGAAGAUGUGCAAUUAUCCAGUGUAUCAUCGUCGGGGAGUAGAACUCCUGAAACUUCAGAUGCUGCACCAGAUACUCUAAAAUUGGAGGCUUUAGACUCUUCAUUGCUCAUGGAUACAUCGAAUGCUGACUCUGUGCCGUAUGAUCUUUCACUUGUUGACAUAGACAUGUCUAGUUACUCAGCAGAGGUUCCAGCAGCUAAUGAAUCCGAGACAAGGUGACGGCUGCGAUCUGUAGAGCAUCUGAAUGCCGUGUAUGUUCCUAGAAUCUGCUGGCAUUAUGAUAUGUACAUAUAAUUGUUGUAGAGACAUGUUUUGACAUUUCGUAUAGGAGGAGGUUACAUUGUUGGUUGACUGUCUUCUUGAUUGUUUCGGAACUAAUAUUUCUUGCUUUUGUUUGAUGAAUAUUCUUACUACCCUUUACUUUCUAAAA